CUGGGCGGCCGUGGGAGGGGGUGGGGACUGGCUAAGCGGGCCGCCGAGCUCCGGAAAUCUAGCACGGGGCUCAGGUGGCCGGGGCCGGCGCCCUGAGGUGGAGGCCGGAGGGGGCGCGCAUCUCUGGGAAGUACCGGGUCGCCCCUGCGCCCCUUUGCCGGCUAGAUCCCUGGGCAGACACCCAUCCGUGACGCCAGUCCCUCAGCUCCGCGCUGACGAGGCUGCUGGGGACAGCGCGGGGCUCCCGCCGGGUCAGCGUUCCCGCCUGCCGCGUCCUGUCGAGCGACCCUGGAGUGCACGUCCAAAUGCCAGCCCAGCCGCCACAGGAGAUCCCUCUGGGAGACUGAAAGGACAGGCUCUGGGGCCCAGGUUGAGGCCCACCAGCCCUGAGCCUUGGGCCAGGGGAAUGGCAGCCCCCCUGGAGCCCCAGGACCAGGCUCCUGGGGAGAGAGAAGGGUUUCUGAUCGUGAAGGUGGAGGAUUCCUCCUGGGAGCAGGAAUCUGUCCAGCAAGAUGACAGCAGGGAUUCCGAGGCCUGCCGCCAGCGCUUUCGGCACUUCUGCUAUGGGGAUGUGCGUGGGCCGCAUGAGGCCUUCAGCCAGCUCUGGGAGCUCUGCUGGCGCUGGCUGCGGCCCGAGCUGCACACCAAGGAGCAGAUCCUGGAGCUCCUGGUGCUAGAGCAGUUCCUGACGGUGCUGCCAGGGGAUAUACAGGGCUGGGUGCGAGAGCGGCGCCCAAGGAGUGGCGAGGAAGCUGUUGGCUUGGUGGAGGACCUACAGAAGCAGCCAGCGAAAUCCUGGCCGCAGGAUGUGCCCUCAGAGAAGGUGGAACCUGAGGCCGCAGUUCAGCCAUCUGCGGCAGGGACACGGAGCCGGCCACCCAUACCCCAGGAACAGCACGACCUUGGUGCCCAGCUGCCUACUCUUCUUAAAGAGGGUCAUGCCAGAGAGACGACGGAUACCUGCUUUGCCCCUGGGGUCCACGGACCUGUGGCAUUGGGAGACAUCCCAUUCUAUUUCUCCCGGGAAGAAUGGGGCACCCUGGACCCUGCUCAGAGGGAUCUUUUCUGGGACAUAAAGCGGGAGAACUCCCGGAACACUGCCCUGGGUUUGGGGCUCAAAAGCCACAGUGAGGGGUCCCAGCUGGAGGAGGUGGUGACCGCGCCGCCGGGCCAGGCAGGCGGUGUGACUGUGUCCUGGAGCCGCGAGGAGGCCGAGGCCUGGGAGAGCGAGAACCGGCCCAGGGCGACCCUGGGCCGAGUGGUGGGCGCGCGCCGGGGGCGGCCACCCACGCGCCGACGCCAGUUCCGGGACCUGGCGGCCGAGAAGCCGCACAGCUGCGGGCAGUGCGGGAAGCGCUUCCGCUGGGGCUCGGACCUGGCGCGGCACCAGCGCACGCACACGGGCGAGAAGCCGCACAAGUGCCCAGAGUGCGACAAGAGCUUCCGCAGUUCCUCGGACCUGGUGCGCCACCAAGGCGUGCACACGGGCGAGAAGCCUUUCUCCUGCUCCCAGUGUGGCAAGAGUUUCAGCCGCAGCGCCUACCUGGCCGACCACCAGCGCAUCCACACGGGCGAGAAGCCCUUCGGCUGCAGCGACUGUGGCAAGAGCUUCUCGCUGCGCUCCUACCUGCUGGACCACCGGCGCGUGCACACCGGCGAGCGGCCCUUCGGCUGCGGCGAAUGCGACAAGAGCUUCAAGCAGCGCGCCCACCUCAUCGCCCACCAGAGCCUGCACGCCAAGAUGGCCCAGCCCGUGGGCUGAGCGGCCAAGCGGCGCCUGAGGCCUCCCAGGAGGGCGGGUAUUCCCUGUGCCACCUGGCAGCAUCACAUUCUCCUCUGUGCACCUGGGGGAGGGACCCCAGGGCACCCACGCGCAGAUUUGCCCAGUACUCAAAGGGAAUGGAAGUCCCCCCGGCCCUGUGGUUCCCCUUCCUGCUCUGAGGUCUCUCUCCCCUGGCUUCCUGGAGCCCCAGCACAGUCUGCCUGGGGCAGCAGGGUAGCCUGAGGACUCAGGAGGGCCUAGAGUCCCUUCCCAGAAACCCCCUUGGGCCAUGUUUGCUUGUGGCUCCUUGUUCCUUGCCUCUUAGGUGGGGCUGUGGCCCAGGCCUUCUGCCCUGCCAACCUGUGCCUUCCAGUGGGAGUGAAGGACUGGCUUUGAUCACCCCAGGGGCUGCUGGGCUUUGAGAGGGACAUUCAGCCCACACCUAUGAGAGUCUGGGUCUAGGGCACAGCCACAGAGGCUUUCUGACCCCCCAUCCCCCA